UUGUUCUGUUUAUGAUUUAGGGAUGGGUAUGCUUGCCAGUGUAUACACAGACGAUGAAGAGAGAGGCAACGCGAUGGGAAUUGCACUGGGAGGCCUUGCUAUGGGAGUAUUAGUGGGCCCACCCUUUGGGAGCAUCAUGUAUGAGUUUGUGGGGAAGAGCUCUCCGUUCCUCGUGCUGGCAGCUCUGGCUCUGUUUGAUGGAGCUGUUCAAUUAUUUGUUCUGCAGCCGUCCAGAGCACAGGCAGAAAGUCAGAAGGGGACACCAUUACUGACGCUUAUGAAGGACCCAUAUAUCAUCAUUGCAGCAGGAUCGAUCUGCUUUGCAAACAUGGCUAUUGCAAUGCUUGAACCAGCACUACCCAUCUGGAUGAUGGAGACCAUGUGUUCGAAAAAAUGGCAACUGGGCGUUGCGUUUCUUCCAGCCAGUAUCUCUUAUCUUAUUGGGACUAAUCUUUUUGGGAUACUUGCGCACAAAAUGGGAAGGUGGCUCUGUGCUCUACUAGGAAUGCUCAUUGUGGGAAUAAGCAUCUUAUGUGUACCAUUUGCUAAGAACAUCUAUGGGCUCAUAGCACCCAAUUUCGGAGUAGGAUUUGCCAUUGGAAUGGUGGAUUCCUCCAUGAUGCCCAUCAUGGGCUACCUCGUGGAUCUGCGCCAUGUGUCGGUCUAUGGCAGUGUCUAUGCCAUAGCUGAUGUUGCCUUUUGCAUGGGCUUUGCAAUAGGUCCCUCUGCUGGCGGUGCCAUUGCAAAAGCAAUUGGAUUUCCAUGGCUCAUGACAAUUAUAGGGAUUGUGGAUAUUCUCUUUGCUCCUCUGUGCUUUUUCCUUCGAAGUCCACCUGCCAAAGAAGAGAAAAUGGCUAUACUCAUGGAUCACAACUGCCCUGUUAAAACAAAAAUGUAUACUCAGAACAACAUCCAGUCCUAUCCCAUAGGUGAUGAAGAAGAAUAUGAAAGUGAUGAGUAACGUUAAAAGCCAUAUAAUAUAUUUUGGUGUACAAAAUGCAGUGUGAAACAUCUCAUCCAGAAGUAUGUUUUAGUUGUACUGUAGAGUUAAUAGUGGAAUGGUCAAAAACCAAAGGUAUAUUAUUCAUCUCCCAUGAGUAUACAGUCAACUGCUAACUGCCUUAUAAAGAGGGAAAAAAAAAAGCUUUUAUAGAGAAUUUGUAUAGUGUUUUCCUCUGUGUAUUUAAUUUCAUUGAAUAUUACACAGUAUAUUUUUGAUUAAACGUGUAGUAUAAAUCUGUAUAAACAUGUGAAUUUAAACUGUUUGCUUUAUAAAGCCAUCACGUUACUUCUUGUUCUGUUUAGACUCGUAAGAGUGAACUCAGCUCUUGCCAAUAACUUUUCUAACUUACUUGGCAGAUUCUGGAACUAAGAGUUUAGACGUGGCAAGGAGUUGUGUUUGUUGAAGGCACAACUUCUCCCCUGAUUUCCAAAGCGAGCUCCACCUGACUGCCUAUGGAACACUGGGAAAAAGAAAAUAUUUCAUACGGAUCAGGGUAUCUCUAUUUAGUCAGUACAAUUUAAUGAAGUUUCAACCAGCUAAGCAGCUGUGCACAAUGCAGCCCCCAAACAAACACACAGCACUGGGUAAACAAGUAUGUCUGAAUGUAUGCAGUUCCUUUCCCUUAAAAAGGAAUAAGAACUGCAUGAAGGUCCUGUUUUAUAUUCCCAUCUUUUGGAUUUUAUUUUUCACAUCUCAACUUCAGUUUAGCUUUACUGUGAGUGGCUAAGGGAAGCUGCAGGAUUCUCAGUAUUUAGUCUCAGCACGUUCUGGGUGUAAGCUGGCAACUUGAGCAGUUCAAACAAAAAACAUUUUAUGUAAAUAUGUAUGCAAAUACAUAUAUUUAUCUUUCAGAAAGGAAGUAAAAUCAUCAACUUCGCUAAAGAUAAUAAAGAUUUAGAUAUACAGUCUAAUAGAAGAACAGCAUUGGGGUAGAUGGUCUCUGUCUGUGAAGAGAAAAAAUUCAGCUUUGAAAGGAAGCAUUUAACAUAACACACAAUGUCCUUAUCAACUGUGGUGUCUUUUUAUUUGUAUAAUUAAAAUAUGGAUGUGCCUUCUUUUCCCGUACUUGCAGAUGUUUUAUGUACUGCAGCAUAGAUACCAUGUUUACAUAUAGUUUUGUAAAGUGUAUAUAUAAAUGGUCAGAAAACAUGAAAAACAGUGGAUCAGUUUUCAACUCAUGCUUUGUCAAUUAUUAUGCAGCCAGACCACGUUAAAAUAAAGGUAUCUAAAAUAAGUUCAUGAUCUUUUGUAAUAAAGGACAAAAUUUCUCCCUCAGCCUUCAGCAGUCGCCCCAUGCAUUGUGAUCUCUUGUAAAGUACAAAAACAACAACACUGAAUUAAUUUAAGCCCUGGGAAAGCACUCCUCAUUUCUAGCCCAUUUAUGACUCCAGGUCAUAAAUACACAGCUUGUUUAAACAAUAAUAUCUUCCAAAACCAACCACCCCAUCACCUGACUGCUGAUCUGAGGCUUGACUCCUGUGAAGUGGGUAAGCACUAAACGUGCAUUGCCAGGAUACGCCCUCAUGCUCCAUGCCACAAGAGUGUUUAAGGAAGAGGGAAUGAAUAUUCUGAGAGAACAGAGGGAGAGGCUUGAACAGUGUGAAAGGAUAAGCAAUACCUGCUGUAGUUGAUUUGAAAAUCCACUUACCAGUUUUAUAGGGGUGCAUUUUCUAUUGCGUUCUUGUGAAUAUGUAACAGAUGGAGAAUCUUCCUUCAAAGCUGAGAGGUCCUGGAGACAGACAGCAACAGAGUACACAGCGUGGUUCUGCAGCACACUAUUUCACUGCUGCCAAGAGACAACUGUGCCUAUUGAUGGCUAAUUUACAUUUGGUUCAUGUUUUCAUUUCACAGAGCGUUUGGAUGAUCACAGUUUUGCCCUGGGAAGCGAGCUCUGCAUUUGUCACCAAACAGCAGGCAGCUCACAGUCGUCCUGCAUGUUGGAUUUUCUGGGGAUUGGAGGAAUAAGUGGAUGUUAUCAGGCAGUAACCAAGCACUCUCUUUGCUGAGAGCUGAUUCAGUCACAGAAACACGGAAGAAAACAUUCUGUCCUGCAAAAAUUUGGGCUUCUCCCACGUUUAGUAUAUUUUUUUCCUCCCCUGAGGUUGUAAACUUCCAUGAUUUAUUUCAAAUAUGGGGAAUUAGAAUGAAAAUCAGAUUUUAGACAAAAAUGUGUGAGUAAGCAGUAAGGGCUUCUUUAGUUCUACAGAGCGUUUUCUAAAGGACAGGACAAAACGCAAUUUUUCUUAGUCCUUCUCCCCCUCCCAAUCCAGCCCCGUUGGUAGCAACUAUCACCGAUAACUGAAUAGCAAAAACAAAAGCAAAUUAACACCACACUCAGCAUUUUACAAUAUUUUCUAGCUACACAAUGGAAUCACCAUUUUGAACCUGCCUAUUAUUAAACUGCACAGAAGAAAAACAAAUGCAUAUCCAAAUACAAAGAAUGCAUAAAAGCCCAAUUAAUUCAGCACUCAGGAAUUUUAUUUAAUUUAAUGUUUCUCCCAGAGAUACUUCCCUUUUCAAGUAGUGAGGAUGAUAAAUGACUGCAACUACAAAUGUUAAAAAAAAAAAAA